AAUCUAACGGUCAAAAAAUCGCAACAAUUCACAGUAAACGAAGUUUCUAGCUAAAACCUUGUUCUAGGGUUUCAAUCCAAGACGAAUCUCUCAAUAAACCCUAAUCUCUAUCCCUCAUCUUAGGACUUGAGAUCCAACAAAAAACCUUAUGGCGUUGCCAAAUCAGCAGACAGUGGACUACCCAAGUUUCAAGCUCGUCAUCGUUGGAGAUGGCGGAACCGGGAAAACUACAUUUGUGAAGAGGCAUCUCACCGGUGAGUUCGAGAAGAAGUAUGAACCAACUAUUGGUGUUGAAGUUCAUCCCUUGGACUUCUUCACAAACUGCGGCAAGAUCCGGUUUUACUGUUGGGACACAGCUGGGCAAGAGAAAUUUGGGGGUCUUAGAGAUGGAUAUUAUAUCCAUGGCCAAUGUGCAAUUAUCAUGUUUGAUGUCACUGCAAGAUUGACAUAUAAGAACGUCCCAACAUGGCACCGUGACCUUUGCAGGGUAUGUGAGAACAUUCCUAUAGUUCUGUGUGGUAAUAAGGUUGAUGUGAAGAACAGGCAAGUGAAAGCAAAGCAAGUGACUUUCCACAGGAAGAAGAAUCUCCAAUACUAUGAGAUCUCCGCUAAGAGCAAUUACAAUUUUGAGAAGCCCUUCCUUUAUUUGGCUAGAAAACUUGCGGGGGAUCCCAAUCUCCACUUUGUCGAGUCUCCUGCUCUUGCUCCUCCAGAGGUGCAGAUCGAUCUGGAAGUACAGAGACAGCAUGAGGCAGACCUUGCAGCAGCUGCUGCUCAGCCUCUUCCUGAUGAUGAUGAUGAUGCGUUCGAUUAGACGAAAUUUUUGCUUCUCAAAGUAUUCUGGUUUUAAUAUUGGGGAGAGUUUGGAUGGCUUUUCUUUCUUUCUUACUUCCCCUCCUAGCGUUAACUAUCCUAAACAUUAUGUAGUUGCGAAAUUCUCUUUGCUGAAAUUACUCUCGUAUUGUAUGAGAGAGUACUGCAAGAAGCUAGGAAAUGUAGAUGGAAUGCUCGGUUAUUUUGAGGUUGCCAUAUUGAUUGUUUUUGA